AUUGACUCAUUGCAAGUUAUAUCGAGUCUCCAGCUUUUCCUGUGCGAUUAUGAGAAACGUGGUCACGGUUUACGUUUGUAGGGGUGUAUCGUUGCCGUUAGGAAGGGCGUGUAUUUGCUGUCCGACGAAAAUUUCAUCUUGUCCGUGUUUUCCGUUAAUCGUAAUUGGAAGCCGUUAGAAGAUGAAAACACAAUAUUUGCUGUUUCAAGACGAACGCAUGUAAUUGCAAUUUUACGAUCGUGUCUGUAUAGAGUGAAAACUCGGUUAACGUGCAACGCCCAUUUCUGCCAUCGGAUUAAUCUCGGUAAUGUAAACUUGCACGUAAUUGAAAUCGAUCAUUGCGUUAUCGAGAGAAGUUACAGUUUCUUAAAACGUUAUGUGAUUUUUACGAUAGUUCAUUGAAAUAUUAUUAAAGCGUUAUCAAAAACUGCUGCUUGUUCGUGACAGUUAAAAAGGACAUCUUGAUUGUUGAAACAAUUGAAUCAGUUUUAUCUCUGUUGUCUCAGAAGUAGCGGUAAACAUGGUUUCUUCAGUAUACGUUGCCUGUUAAUACUACAUGCUCCAUGUUUUUAAUAGAAAGAGGAAAUAAUAUGCGUUAAUUACUUAACCUAACAUCGUUUUAUUGGGUGUGCAAUAGGAGUUUACAAUGUCAACGAACGCUGACCGUAAACAUACGAACUGGCUGUGAGUAAAUGUAAUUGAAGUUCGUUUGUAUGCUGAACAAUUUAUAGUGCGUGAUUCCCGUGGGAAAUUCACUUGGAAUAGAAUAUUUGAUCGUCAAGUUCCGCUGCCUACGAAGGACUAGCUAGAACGCGUGCUCAACCUAAAAUAUUCAAGUACCGGUUUCUUCGGCUGUGAGAGGUCUGUGCUGAACUUGAGUCUAAAUAUUAAAGCGUUUUUACUCGUUGCUACUUUUCAUAUUCCGACUCGAUAAUCGUUACAUACUAAGAAGCGUUUUUCAACUCUGAUUGUUAAAAAUUAUAAUAUUUAAUCCAUAAAUCAACACCGCACUCUGAAUUCAUAGUUGAUAUUUUACAUUGUUACACCCUAAGUCUUGUAUAUAUUUCCGAAAUUAUAUUUCUCUCGUUGAAACGUACGAUAUAUUUUACCGAAUUUUUAACGCGCGUUUUACACACAUCGAUCAUUUCCGGUCUGACGGAUCGAUAGUAGUCGCGAUACAGAACGAACUAGAUCGAUAUUGGAAUACACCUAACCCCAAACGUAAGGCUAUUACUUUUAAAACCUCCGAAGUUAAGACUAAAAGCCACGGCAAGCGUUUGCUGAUACGAAGGAAAUCCAUAAUCGAUAUUGACGAUGUUUAAAUGCUGUGUUUGCAAUAAGAGCGCGAAGAAGGAGAAGACGAACGGCGAUGUGACGAAGCAAAGUCAGAAAGCGAUAGACCCGCAGGUAGUUGCUAAAGUUGAGGAGGACGGGCCAAUCGGACGAGAAGAAAAGCUGAACGGCGACGUACAGAGAUCGGAGAAAGUUUCUCCAUCUAUGGAGAAUUGCUCCGCGGAAGUAGUCGAUGACUUGACUGUCAAGAGUCCGUUGCCAUCCGGUAAACGCGAUGAAAUCGAUGGUUCUCGACUGAGAAAGGAAUCGAUUGUAGAAUCGAACAAAGAGGAAGACGAUGAUGCUAAAAAUGCGACCGAUGGAACGGAAGAGAACAAAAGGGAAGAGGAAAAUGGAAUCAAAGAUGCGAGUGGAAGUGCAGAAGUAAAUGGAUGUGAUAAUACGAGCGGGAUUGGUGACGGGGGCGUCGGGGUUGGGUUAAUGCAGGUAAUACUGAAUACCGGUGUUCCUACCAUUGUUAAAACGAAUCUUUACGAUUCUUCUACCGCGUAUAUCGAGAGAACGAUCGAUGAUGGACCAGAAGAAGAAGGCGACGAUUCCGUUUUCGAAGCCUGUCCGAAUGACAAUGCUAAUAAAAAGACGACGCCAGUUCCGUCAGUUCCCCGUUGGCUAUCGGAGGAGGACGAUCAUGAUUCAGAAGAGUGCAGUGGCAUGCAAGAACCACCAGCGACGCCGGUCGCCCGCGACGAACUAGCUUUAAGACGACACAGAUUCUUCUCCGAUUUAUUGCACGCCGCACAAAAUGCGUCGGAGCACAGAGUGAGGUUUGACCCACUAGGACCGAUGGUGCACGCCGGCUGCGAAGCUAGUGAUAAGGAAGAUCACUUAGAAGAAUUGGUAAAUCGAUUGGAGACUGUUACCAAGCGACUGGAGAAAGUACGGACUCAUUCUAUAACUGAAACUCAAGACUCUGCUGUUCAAACAAGUACACCAUCUCCAAAGAAGUCACAGUUAGUUGGAAGCAGUGCAUCUAUACAGUCUGCCUCACCUACUCAAUCUCUACAUAAACCAGCAUCAGACAAAUUUGUCAGCAUGUCAGUGGCAGGCUAUGAAGAUCUUUUGGCCGGUCCUGUAAGAGAAUACUUGAAGCUGAGUGAGAAAAUUGGCAGUGAUGUAGCCACUCACAGCAAGCUUGUAGAAAAGGCAUUUCAAAUUCAAUUGGAAUUUAUUCGAACCGCAGCAAGUCGCCCAUCCCCAGUAAAUCAAUCAGAGCAAGUUGCUCUUCUUGGACCUACAUCUACACAAAUUCAACAGAUUCAAGACUUCCGCGAGAAAAAUAGAGGAUCUCAAUUUUUUAAUCAUUUAUCAGCAAUUAGUGAAAGUAUUCCAGCUCUAGGAUGGGUUGCUGUAUCACCUACACCAGCACCCUAUGUAAAAGAGAUGAACGACGCUGGACAAUUUUAUACUAACCGUGUAUUAAAAGAUUGGAAGGAGAAAAAUAAAGUACAUGCUGAAUGGUGCAAGGCUUGGGUUCAAACGCUGAGCGAUCUUCAGCAAUACGUACGUCAACAUCAUACAACAGGAUUGGUAUGGGCAAAAACUGGCUCUGCACCGGUAGGCAUACCACCACCUCCACCACCAUGCAUGCCUAUUGGAGAUGUAGCACCAGUCAGUAUUGCCGAUGACAGAAGUGCUCUUUUCGCCGAAAUUAAUCAGGGAGAAGCUAUUACAAAGAACUUAAAGAAAGUCACUUCCGAGAUGCAGACACAUAAGAAUCCUUCAUUGAGGACUGGUCCAGCGCCAUUUAAAGCACCGGUAGUUGAUAAUGUUAUACCAUCAAAAAUCGUACCACCUGCAAGUGCACCCAUUGACAAACCACCUGUAUUUACUAAAGAUGGAAAGAAAUGGCUUAUAGAAUACCAUAAAGGAAAUAAAGAUUUGCUCGUCGAUAACGUUGAGAUGAAUAAUGUGAUUUAUAUGUUCCGAUGUCAAGACAGUACCUUAGUCGUUAAAGGCAAAGUCAACUCUGUGGUUAUGGAUUCAUGUCGUAAAUCGUCUGUCGUGUUCGACUCUGUUGUGGCAAGCAUCGAAUUCGUCAACUGUCAGAGCGUCCAAAUGCAGGUACUGGGAAAGGUGCCUACCAUUUCCAUCGACAAAACAGACGGUUGCCAGAUGUAUCUGAGCUCCGAAUCAAUGGACGUAGAAGUUAUUAGCAGCAAGUCUAGCGAAAUGAACGUCAUGGUACCAAAAGCCAACGGGGAUUAUGCAGAGUAUCCUGUGCCGGAGCAAUUCAAAACAACUAUUAGUCCAAAAGGUCUUAGUACCAUCGCGAUCGAUCUAUUGGGUUAAAACAUAAGAAAAAUCAACUACUCAUAGCCUAAAGUUAACGUCUGUCUAAGAGUACGGCUCAUUAGAGGUAUCAUCUUCAGAGGAUUCAUCGAUUUAUUAUUUAUUGCUUCUUUAAUUAAUUUAAGUAUCGGGAGAAGGGCGAAUAAAUAGAAAAGAAUAGUUUCAUCCUCGCGCAUAGAUCUGCGAUCCUAUGUCGUUUUCAGAGAUAUAGAAUCGAAUUAGAUAAAUCGAUUAAAUAACAUUUCGACGUUAUAGCCCUGUCUCUUUCGAUGUAUUUGUACAUUUCGUGGGGAUCAUCGAUUUUAUUCGGAUGGAAAUUGGAGUCAAGCGAAAAAUGAUGCUUGAUAAAACGAGUCUUGUCAAAUUCACGUACGCGGACAUUUGAUAAAUUGUUGCUUAAUAUUUUGUAAUAUAGGACCGAUUAGAUCUCUAGUAAUUGUGAUUCGUCAAGCAGGUGUUCAAAUAGUAGAAUCGAUACUCUUCACGAAACGUUAUUACGCACGUUGGCGUGGAGAUAAAAGGAGGCUGUAGGUUGGAUUAAGAAUAGGUAUGGACAAAAGUUUUGCUACCUUCGAAUCGCACUUUUAUACAUUUACACCAUUUUUUAUUGUGAUCGAACUUUUGCCCAAACCCGGUCGCUUCAAGGUUGCAGUCAACUCGCCAAGGAAUUGCCACUGAAUUGUUUUAGUGGACGAGGGGAGAGCGAGUAUCGCACGUACACAUCUGAGAGUAUAGAAUCAAGGAACAUUCAUGAGCCAUUUAGAAAGUGUUAGGGACGUCAUAUCAGUAGGUCGAUACAUUACCUCUAGACUUUUGCAGCAAAUAAUUCUGUUCAUUGCGAACCCCUUAUCAGUUACAUCGCACGUGAUUACAUUCAUUCUGAACAAAUUGAUUAAUGUUUGUAGAUGUCGUAUCCUUAAUUCGCUAUGACGACUUUAAAGCUUGAGCAAUUCAGUUCACGAGUCUUCCGAAUCUAUGAACGUUCGUGAUAUGUAAAUAGAAUUGAAUAUUGAAUUUAUUUUAUGUAUAACAUCCGAUUCAUCGCGCGUGAAUUCGAGAAUUUUAGAAACUCUUGGUACGUUCGUUGAGUGAUACGUGUAAAUUGAAACGAUCAAAAUGGUUGUGCAAAAGUCUUGAUGGUUCAGCCGUUAAGGGGGCAAAUACCUUGAACAAUAAGGAAAUUGUGAACUCGAUAUUGAAUUUCAAAUGCGUGCUGUUUGAACGUGACGUAAAUUACAUUGUGAUUUUUACCACUUGGUAUAUUGUGCUAAUCGUAGGUAUAAUCUAAUAUUAGAACUACUUAAAGGAGGCACGAUUUAGAAUGACAAGAUCGUUUAGGGUAAUAACGAGUCCAGCAGUUCGAUCCUUUUUACCGAAGAGACAAGCAAACCCGAACGAUGCGACUUUUCUAUCGUUUCUAUGGUAUUAAAUCUGUUUAAUUACGGAACGAUGAUUAUUUCACCGGGAUUAUUUACUCCAAGGAUCGUACUGUCUUUAAUACAGUAAUCUUUAACAGCUUUCAUUUUAAUAUCGAUAGAGUAUUAUAACGAAAGUAACCAAUAUUUAUUUCCGAAUAUGAUUUUCAGUGCUAUUUCUAAUUGUCCUAAUAAAAGGAAAUGAUAUACCACCUAAA